GCACCGUAUAUUUAUUUUCCAUUUGACAACACUGUGAAGGACGUUAACGGGAAAACAGCUUCCGGCGGAAGUAACGCUUGGAUCAGAAAAACGGACCCGGCCGCUGUCGGGGGAGGAGCGGUAUACUUUAACGGACGACGCCAAGUUAUCGCUUGGGCCUUGAACAACAUGGAGUUCCGGUCGAAUUUCACUCUACACUUCCGGUUUAAAUUGGACGUUUUGAAAACGGGGGAUUCUCAAAGGAUAGCGUUGAUAGACAACAGCGACUGUGAUAAAGAGGCCACAUUUGGGAUCGCUGUGCUCACGAGCUCGGAUCGAACCGGUUCCGUUCAUGGAGGAUUCCGAUUGAAGAACGGAGAAGCAGUGACGAUUAAUUCGCCAGACAUUUCGUUGGCUACAUGGCAUGAAGUGGUUUUGCUAAAAUUUGGAAUGCGAGCUGAAUUAAGAGUUGACGGGAAAAUAUAUCCGAUUAUUGGAGAUUUAGCUUCCGAUAUAGCCAGAGUGGACUGUUCUAUGACUAUAGGCAAAGGAACCGGGCUUGUCAACUUCGUGGGCUAUAUAGAUGAGGUCAAGUUUUACAAAUGCGUCCCUGACGAAUUCCUGAACUGAAAAUCCUACUUGGACGCAACGCCGCUUCUUAUUUCUCUUGUCUGUUCAACGUCUUUACGUUUUUGUCCUGCAGUUUCGUCGUUGUCUCUCUAUGUUUGUUUUUGUGCUCAGACAAAAACUGUUGAAAUUAUGAAAUGACGUCUUUAGAAAUAUACUGAACGAAAAAAAUAAACGCGAGUAAAUAAAUAAAUAAAAAUGC